UGUGGUGCGAUUGUGUCCUUCCGCCCUCAGUAUAGCAGCGAACAGGUUUUAUAUGAACGGCUCUGCAUCUACUGUAAGCGUUCUAUAUUAGUUUCAGACAUAUUUUGCAUAUUGCAUAUAAUAUCGGGUCACUGUGGUUAAAUAACCAGUAAAAAUAGACGCUGUGGAACUAUUGUACGUGGCGGCAGGAUAUGCGGUGUAAGCCCAGUUUGUCUUUUCUCUCUCGGAAGCCAUGAUGGAAGUUUGCUAGUUUAGCUGGAGAGAACGGAAAAAGGAAGGGAAAUAUUCGAGAAAUAAAACAAAGAUACUUUUAAAACUAUAUAUAUAUAUUUUAACAUAUAUAUUUGUUAUUUUUGUAAGGUGGAGACGGUCAGUUCCCCCCCCUUGUAUCGAUUGGUAUUUUGACGACGAAGAUUGUGAGCUCGGAGGGCUUUGUGGGAUUUAUAUAUAUAUAUAUAUAUAUAUAUAUAUAUAUAUAUAUAUAUAUAUAUGUUUGUGCCAUAAUUUUCUGGUUUUGGAAGCGCUGGAGAGGUUUUUCUCUCCGCUCUUUUCGCCUUAAUCACGGCGGCGGCUGCAGAUUCAGAGACUUGGGCCGUUUUUAAAACGUUACGGUUCGGGAAUUGGACAAAUAUAAACCUUUUCGCUUGGGGGAUUGUGAGAGAAAUUGCGGGUUUGUGGAAGCCGGGCCUCUGGCGGAGCAGAGUAAGGCCCUCCUGUGUGAGCCAGCAACAGCCAUUCUAAUCCAGCUAGCGACGAAAGAGAGAUAGAGAAGGGGAGCUGCAAAAAUCAGAGCAAAAGGAAGACAGAGGGACAUAACCAUUUCCAGCCAAGGAGCCAACAAUACUUUCUCAAUAGAAUCGCCCAAAAGACUAUCAUGGCAAUGGCUGGGAUCAUCAAAGAAAUCGUUAGCAGAAACAAAAGGAGAUACCAGGAAGAUGGAUUCGACUUGGACUUGACUUAUAUUUAUCCUAACAUUAUUGCCAUGGGAUUCCCUGCUGAAAGACUUGAAGGUGUCUACAGAAACAACAUAGAUGACGUAGUACGGUUUCUGGAUUCGAAACAUAAAGAUCAUUACAAGAUAUAUAAUCUAUGCGCAGAAAGACAUUAUGAUGCUAACAAAUUUAACUGCAGAGUUGCACAGUACCCCUUUGAAGACCACAAUCCACCCCAGCUAGAGCUUAUUAAACCUUUUUGUGAAGAUCUUGACCAAUGGCUGAGUGAAGAUGACAAUCAUGUUGCAGCAAUUCACUGUAAAGCUGGAAAGGGACGAACGGGUGUAAUGAUAUGUGCUUAUUUGCUACACCGAGGCAAAUUCCUAAAAGCACAAGAAGCACUAGACUUUUACGGUGAAGUGAGGACCAGAGACAAAAAGGGAGUGACAAUUCCAAGUCAGAGGCGUUAUGUAUAUUACUACAGCUUCCUGUUGAAAAACAAGUUGGACUAUAAACCAGUGGCAUUGUUAUUUCACAAGAUGGUGUUUGAAACUGUUCCCAUGUUCAGUGGUGGAACAUGUAGGGAUACUACAGUUAAAAACAAGAGCGAGCAGAUUCCUCAUGGUUUCAGAAAAGGGAAUUGGCACUGGGAUCCUCAGUUUGUGGUUUAUCAGCUUAAAGUGAAGAUCCAUACCUCAAAUCCAGCACACACAAGACGUGUAGACAAGUACAUGGUUUUCGAGUUUCCACAACCAUUACCAGUGUGUGGUGACAUCAAGGUGGAGUUUUUCCACAAACAGAACAAGAUGAUGAAAAAGGAUAAAAUGUUUCACUUCUGGGUCAACACAUUCUUCAUCCCUGGACCGGAACACAAUUCAGAGAAAGUAGAAAAUGGAAGCUUAAUUGGAGUAAAAGAACUUGAUGGAAUUCAGAGUACAGAACGAGAAGAUGACAAGGAGUAUCUCAUCCUCUCACUGACGAAAAAUGAUCUAGACAAAGCAAAUAAAGACAAAGCCAACCGAUCCUUCUCUCCAAACUUCAAGGUGAAGCUGUAUUUUACAAAAACAGUGGAGGAGUCGUCAAAUUCAGAGGCCAGCACAUCAACUUCAGUAACACCAGACGUUAGUGACAAUGAACCUGAUCACUAUAGAUACUCGGACACCACUGACUCUGAUCCAGAAAAUGAACCUUUUGAUGAAGAUCGACAUACACAGAUCACAAAAGUCUGAAAUAUUUUUAUGGGGGAAAAAAAACUAAACCACAAGAGAAAAGGGGAAAAAACUUGAAUAUAAACUGAAAAGCAAGUACCUUUUUUAAAUGGCAAUAGGACAUUGUGCAGAGUAAAAUGCUAUCAAUUAUAGGAACAAUUCUCUUUUCCUGACCAAUUUUAUCUUGCCCCAUACAUCCACAAGGUUUUGACACUUGUCCAGUGGAAAAAGGUUGCAUAAUGUUAUGUAUAUACCUUUUUGGGUCUAAAGGAAAGUUGAAAAAGAAACUCAAAUCAGGAGAUGACAGCACUUUCCCAUUUAAUUCCAGUUUUAUUAGGUGGAGACAGUUCUGUUAUGUACGUAGGAAGAUCUUUCCUGUUGUGUUCCCUCACCAACUGUAGGUGCUAAAAUGCUAACAAGGGUUCAUGUCCUACCCCAGUUCAUUCCCACACAACACAAACGACCAUGUUAUGGUUGGCUAGAAGAAUUGCUAAAAAGGUUUGCUCCAUUUAAUGAAAGUAAUUUGUGUAAGGGACGGAAAGCACUUUUGCAAAGUGGAAACAUGGUCUUUGCUGUUUUAUAUACCAUCUCCCCCUUUCUAGCUUGUGACAGUAAUUAAUCCUUGGAUUGUGGAAUCGGCUGCUGCUUUUGUUUUGUGCUUUUUUUUUUUUUUUUUUUCCAAAAAGCAUAAUGGUGCUAGAAAAGGCAGCUAGAGGGAGCGAUUAUUUUAAAUGGGAGGGGGGUGGGGGGUGUAAGAGAGAGAAUACACAAGUUACAUUUAAGAAAUGCUGCUCCAUCUACAGUUAAAACCAAGGCCAGUGCUUUUGUCGGUCACAUUUUAUAUUCUUUUUUUCUUCCGCCCAGUUUUACCUACUGUGAAUGCUUAAUGUGCUGUUUGCAGGCUGUUUCCUGUAAUGUGUAAUUGUGCAGUGGAAACUGCAUGUUGAAAUUCUAGUCUAGCAGUUUUUCUUUUUUUUGAGGGGGGGGAGGGGGGGGGUUGGCUUUAUGGCAUCUAAGCAUUUUCCAUUCCUUCUACCGCUGUGUAUUCUGUUAAAAGUAUGCAGGAAAACAGUAUCCCAUGUAAUUGUCAAUGUGUUAUUUUUUUAAUAAUAAAAUAUGAUACACAAAACA